AUGGGUGGCGCUGACAGACAAGGCGGAAAGGCCAAGCCCCUCAAGGCUGCUAAGAAGGCAGCCAAGGACCUCGACGAAGACGACUUGGCUUUUCUCGAGAAGAAGAAGGCUGACGAGAAGGCGCGCAAGGAAUUGGCCGCGAAGGCUGGUGGAAAGGGACCUCUUAACACUGGAGGUCAAGGAAUAAAAAAGAGCGGCAAGAAAUGA